AGAAAGGUCCCAAGUAGAAACUCGAAACCACCACCCGGAAACCCAGACACAGCACGAGCCACGCACGCCCCCGCUGUCUCCCUCCCGCCGUCCCACCACCUCGCCCGCCGCCGCCGCUGCCGCUGCCGUCAUCGGAGUCUCCCACCGCCGCCGCCGCUCUCCUGCCUUCGCCACGCCCUGGUCUCCUGCGGCCGCCCGCCGCUUCACCCGCCCCACUCCCCGUCGCUUUCGCCUGGCCAGAUCCAGGUGUCCUUGGACCGCGACCGCGCCUCUCCGCCUUUCCCCGUCGGCAUCCUUGUCGUCUUCGUCUCCCCUGGGCGCCGCCGCAGUGGACCGGAGAUCUGAUCUGCCGAAACCUGAGGAGUUGCUUCCUUCUCCCACUGAGCAUGAUCCUGCGGUGAGUGCGGAUAGCUCGUGCAAGCUGCUGGCUUGGGAGUUUCCUUUGUAAACUGUUCUAGAGAAAUCCUGAGGUGAUAGCGUAAAAUGGAUGCGAGCGCGGAGGUUGCUGAUGCUAUUGGUACAAUGGGCAUUGAAAAUGCGGCAAAGGGGAAGUUGCCGCCCUGUGACAAUGUAGAGGGGCAUGGAGAAGAACACGGUGCGCUGGCUGAUGGAGCGCAUUCGGGCGAAAGUGAGGUGAUCAACCCAUCUGAAGAGGUGGAAGGAGAAGCCACCUCACAAUCACAGGACAUAAAGCCCCGUGUUCCUGAGGGGAGUCAAAACCAUUCACCAAAAGUCGUUAAAUCUCAGAGACAGAGCCCUCGAGGCGGAGACAAGAGUCAAGCUAGGAGAAGCUCUCCUAGUCCUUCUUAUCCUAAGGCACCCAUUGCAAGAGUUUCUGAUCCAGAUCUAGUUGAUAGCUCUUCAAGCAAUGGUGAUGCUAGUGUCAGUAAGAAAAAGGCCGAAAAGAGCAGUUUCCGCCCAGUUGCCAAGGAGAGCCCAUCACAUGAGGACUCAAAAGAGAAGAAGAAAACUCAGAAGCCAUCAAACCAACAUUCUGUCGAAAAGGAUAUUGAAGAAGAAUCAAAUGAAAGUAUAAAACCUCAAAGGGUUGGCAGCACUCCUGCUUAUGGCUUUAGUUUUAAGUGUGAUGAGAGAGCUGAAAAAAGAAGAGAGUUCUACUCAAAGCUUGAGGAGAAGAUUCAUGCACAGGAACUGGAGAAAAGCAACUUGCAGGCCAAAUCAAAGGAAGCUGAAGAAGCUGAACUCAAAAUGCUUAGAAAGAGUUUAAAUUUCAAGGCAGCACCAAUGCCUAGCUUUUACAAGGAACCACCUCCUCCCAAGGUUGAGUUAAAGAAGAUCCCUACAACAAGACCUAGAUCACCAAAGCUUGGCCGCUCCAAGAACACAACCUCAACAGGCACAGAAGGAAAUACAAAUCCUACAGUGCGUUCAGCUCGUCUGAGCCUCGACGAAAGGGUCUCCCAAAAUGGUAUCAAGAAAGCACCCGCCACAAAUGCAGUGAAGAAGCCCCAACGAAAAUCUCUCCCUAAGUUGCCAUCAGAGCAAAAGGCUAAAGUUGAUGUCGCAGCUUCUCUUUCAUCUACAGAAGAGCUAGAAAACAAGCCAUCGACAGAUCCCGUUCGAGAGCCAAUCCGUGCUCAAGUCACUCCCGAAGAACCUGGACUCAACGUGUAGAAGAAACCUACCAAGUCGGCUCCAGUGAAAUGGGAGGGCUGUGCCUUUUUCCUUUAUCACAUUUUGCUAUUUCUGCAGUAAACUGCUGGCUGGUAUUAUGUACUAAAAUUAGUCUCAUCCCCAGGAGUUUGAAGAAUGGCAAGUGACCCCCCCGUAUUGUUUGUCUUAGUUUCUGUUCACAUACGCGUUAUUUGUAGUUGGCAAUAAUUUCAUAUGAUUGUCCUAUUUCCAGGGCUAUAUACCUCUCGCUCCAAA